UAAGCCGAAUUUUUUCAACUAAAAAGAUACUUCUUUCUAACCUAUAAAUAGUGCAUUUUGUUAUUAUAAUACUUCAAUGGACAUGUAUAAUAGAUAUCCUAAUUCCGAGGAUUAUUUCAACAACAUUUACCUCGAACAUUUUAUUUAAUCUUUUCAUGCUUUAUAAUUCUGUACUUCCCUCCAAUAAGUAAAUUAGGAAGUCUUAGAAAGCAAGAUGGUUGAUUUACCUAAAAAAGGAAAUAAAUAAAAAACUAUUGUUUUCGAUCUUGAUGAAACUCUUAUACAUUGUAAUGAAAAUUAAGAUGUUUAAUCUGAUAUUACUAUAUAAAUAAAAUUUCCAAAUUAAGAAGUUAUAGAGGCUGGUGUAAAUAUAAGACCUUUUUGUAGGGAAGUAUUAAAGGAAUUAUCAAAAAGUUUUGAGAUAAUAGUUUUUACUGCAUCCCAUAGUUGCUAUGCAGAUAAAGUGCUUGAUUAUUUAGAUCCUAAUAAUGAUAUUAUUGACUAUAGGCUUUUUAGGGAAAGUUGUAUAUAGACAGCAGAAGGUGUACAUAUAAAAGAUUUGAGGAUAUUUAAGAAUAGGGAUUUAAAGGAUAUUGUUUUAGUUGAUAAUGCAGCUUAUUCUUUUGGAUAUUAAAUAGAAAAUGGAAUACCUAUUAUACCUUAUUAUGAUAAUAAAAGUGAUAUUGAAUUAAAGUAUUUACUAGAUUUUCUUAAAAGACUUGUAGGGGUGGAAGAUGUUAGAAGUAUUAUUUAUUAAAAUUUUAGAAUGCAUUUAUAUGCGGAAUGUUAAAAUAUAAAAGAAGCUUUAGAGAAAGUUUAUGGAAUUGUUUUGGAAAAUUAAUUGGAAUAAAUGUAAAAUAAUAAUGAUAAUUAAUAAUAAGAAGAAAUGAAUAAUUAAAUAUAUAAUUAAAACGAAUUAAUUAUGUCAGAACUUUGA